UAAACAAUUUACAUCAUAAACUUACAGCAGUAUUUCAUCUUCACUUCCCACUUUCAAACCUCUAUACCUCCAAUUCACCCGGCUGCUCUAACAACUACCCCCAAUGGAAACCACGACAACUUCUACGGGCUCUGCCUCAUACGGAGACUGCGUGGCUGCAUUGCGCACCUCACUCUCGUUCCUCGAGUCCUCCGUCGCUACUCUCGGCACCGGCGUAGCAGACUACCCACGCCUUGUAAACGUUCUCAAGAGCGUGCGCCACUACGAACUAAUUCCCCAACCAACCCUAGUAGCAGCCGAAGCCUCUCUCCGCGACGAAAUCGGACCCGCAACAACGCUCCUCCUCGACCGCGCCGAGUCGCACGUAGCACGCAUAGAGCGACGCAUCGACGCCCUAAAAGCGCGCUCCGAGCUACAACAAGGCCGACUCCUACACUCCUCCCCCUCCUCUCCAUCUUCAUCCCCUACCGCCGGUAAAGGCAAGAAAAAACUAAGCGACCUACGCGAAGAAGAAAAAGAAAAACAGCGAAAAAUGGCCAUCGAAGCCAAGAUCAAGGCCCGGCAGAAGGAGGCGUUGCAGUAUAGUGUGGAGAGAUUAGAGCUUGAGGUCCUGCAGAAGGAGAGGGAGUUGAGGAAGAGGUUGGAUAGUACGAGUGCGGUGGCUUGAGUAGUAGGAUAGGACCGGAGAUACUAUUUACGGAGGUAUCUACUAUUACUAAAAAGAGGGUGGCCCGACGAGACAUGGCCGGAUCUGAACCCGGAAACCCUGCGAUGGACACAUCCGAGGCGCCAUUUUGUCUGGUGUUAUGUUAGCGGAACGAGGGGUAGGUUCGUCUUGGACCCUGCGGCCUUUACACCGCUCCGCUGGUUCUAAG